ACAAAAAUUCUCAACAAUGGUUAAUAUGAGGUAGGCUAUAACAUGAGAAAGCAAUUACAUUUUCUACCGGUAGCAUAAGCUGAUAUUAUAGUUCUCAGAAGACUUAGUAUUAUCUUUACCAAACGAAUUGUUCCAAUUCAAAAACGUUUACCAGCAAGGUAUUCUCAAUAGAGCAGAACAAUGAAUUAUCUCUGAAUUUUUUGAGAUAAAACAAAAAUAGGGUGCAUGAAAUUUUGGCGUUUGAAAGCAACUUAAAAUUCAGCUUUUAUCACUCAAUUCAUGAUGGAAGGCUCAAGGAAGUUCAUAUUUGCAGUUCAGCAUAGCUAGACAAGUUGUGUUGAAGGUUGUCUGGCUAAAAUUUGUUUUGAAAAUGUUUCCGAUUUUCUUUUCUAUCUUGUUCAUUUAUUUGAUUUGUCCCUCCCUUCAAAAACCUCCCCCCACGCCGCAGCACUCUGGAUUCAUGUCUCCUAGUGUAGCUGAUAUUGUGGGAGAAGGAAUAAACAGUUGGAAACCCAGUAGUCGACAAAAUAUUUGGGAACUCAGUGGACAAUUUGAAGGAGACAUAAUGUUGGAAGCCAACGAAAUUGAUGCUAAAAACAUUAUAAUAACCGAGGAAAAAAGAUGGUUGAAUGCUACAAUGGCCUAUCAUAUCCAUGAGGAUUUUGACGAAAAAGAGAUAGCAAUAAUCAAGAAAGCAAUCACAGAGAUCGAAAAGUCGAGCUGCCUGAAGUUCACAGAAUACGUUGAGGAGGAUGAGGACUAUGUGAUGGUGCAGAACGACAGACCGGGCUGCUGGUCGUUCGCGGGCAGGCAGGGAGGGGGGCAGGUGCUCAAUUUGAGCAAGAAGUGCGUCCAACAUGGCGUCGUCGUGCAUGAAUUCCUGCAUGCUCUUGGCUUCUACCAUCAGCAGAGUGCCUCUGACAGGGAUCAGUUCAUCAAGAUUCACUGGGAGAAUAUCAAAGAAGAUCACAAACACAACUUCAAGAAAUACACAGAGAGCAAAGUGACCGAUCUUGGAGUGAGCUAUGAUUAUAGCAGUAUCAUGCAUUAUGGUCCUUACGCCUUUUCCAAGAAUGAGAAGCGUACUAUAACCACUGUUGAGAAAGAUGUCAAGAUCGGACAACGAAAAGGUCUCAGUAAAAAAGACAAGAAGAAACUGAAUAAAAUGUACAAUUGCAAAUACUCGGAGGAUGAAGUCGAGAGCAGUGAUACUGAUUCCGAUGAGGAUUACUCUGAUUACAUCGAUGAUGAUUUGAUUGAGGAUCUCAUUUGAGCACUUCUGAUCAAAUUUAAUGUCUUGUCUCAUGACAUAAAUCACUGAUGCAUUUGAA